GCACCACAGCGUGUAUGCAUGCAGUGCGAGUGCACCGCUGUUGCCGCCGCUGCCGCACCAGGCUCUCGAUAUAGGAGUCGCUAGGCUACCGGCUACGCGUGGUGCCAGCGCCAAAACUACCGCUACAAGUGGUGUGGUAUUCUACUAUUCGCCCCACGCCGCACCGCAGGUCGCCGCUUGCCUUGCCUAGCCACUCUCUGCCCCCUCUGCUUCUAGCUCGCUCCCGGCCGAUACCAAACUCGGCAACCAGUACCGUGGGCGGGCGGCUCGGCUGCUGCAGCACUAGCAGUAGCACUAGCGCCUCUGUCUCCUCCGCUCCUGCUCCAGUUAAGGCUACCUCGCCGCCCGCCUGCCUUCCUUCCUUGCUCGCGCGCUAGCCGGCUAGCCCCGGGGCCCGGCCGGAUUGAUUUCUUGGUUGGUUCUGGAAGCGGCCGGCAUGGGCAGCAGGGAGCAGCAGCGCGGCCGGAGGGACCGCUUCAUCGUCAUCCCCUUCUCCGCCUGCCGCUCCGCCGCCAGCGUCGACGUCGUCCACUCCAAGAAGCCCCAAGGUGCUGGCGGUAGCGGCGAGGGGACGUCGGCGGCGCCGGGGAUUAAGCCGGCCAAGGGGGAGUCGCUGUCGCUGGUGGCGCGGCUGCUCCGGGGGUUCAAGAACCUCUCCCACCAGAUCUUCGCGGUGUACGACGAGGAGGACGAGGAGGAGGAGGAGCCGGAGAUGGUGAUCGGGCUCCCCACGGACGUCAAGCACGUCGCGCACAUCGGCUGGGACGGCAGCACCAGCACCACCUCCAGCGUCCGCUCCUGGAACCGCGCCGCCCCUCCUCCUGGCACCACCGCUCCGGCCACCGCGUCGGCGUCCACCUCAGCCUCAGCCUCCUCCUCCGCCGCUCCUCCACCGCCACAGGCGCAGCCGCCGGCUCUGUCCGCGCGGCAGUUCGAGCUCGCCAUGGCCGCGCAGGCGUCCGCGGCCACCACGGGGACCACGGCCAGCACCAGCGGCACCGGCACCAGCGGCGCCGCCCGGCGCCACCGCCACUACAGCUAGCGCGCGGCCGCGGGACGUCACCAAGCGGGGCGUGAUUAAGCCGAGCGUGAAUCUGGACGGCGGGUGGUGGGUCGUGCCGUCGUCACGAGCCCUUGUCUCUUGCUCCCGGAAUUAUCAUCAGUUUCCCGUCAGAGCGAGCGAUCCGUGUGUUCCCUUGUGUACGUACGUAGCCAUGGCGUGGCGCCAUACUUUUUUCCCGGGGAUUUUUUGUUGGGUUCCUGCUUGUUUUACAUACAUGGUCACUGCCGAAUCCUGAUACUGUAACCGGAGCACUAUAUUUUACUCGCUAAGCUUUGGCCGGUGGCCCU